AUGGAAAAAUUCUUCAGCGUUUCACUGCUGAUUUGCUUGUUCUUGCAGUUUUUAUCAGUGGGUCAUUCAUGGAAGAAUCUGGUAUUGCUUGAUCUGGGCUCCAACAUGCUUGAAGGGCCAUUGCCGUCUUCCCUCUGCAAAUUGGCCAACUUGAAUUACCUUCUUCUGUCCGACAACAAGUUGACCGGUGAAAUUCCGGAGUGUUUUGGGAAUAUGAGCACCCAACUCACGGUGUUGGACUUGCGGAAGAAUGGAUUCCACGGCAAGAUUCCGACCAAUUUCCCGAAGAACAACACUUUGAGGAAUCUUGGUCUGAAUGGGAAUCAGUUAGAAGGCACCCUGCCCAAGUCUAUUCUCAACUGUAAAAGCUUGGAAGUCCUCGACGUCGGAAACAACAAGAUUAAGGAUACUUUUCCGACAUGGCUCGGACAAUUGACAGAGCUCAGUGUUCUUGUCCUGAAAUCGAAUUUGUUCAGUGGCCCAAUUGGGAUUAGUUCCAAUUCAUCGUUUCAGAAGCUCCGAAUUCUCGACAUUUCCAAAAACCAGUUUGAUGGCAUCGUACCAGCAGGAAUGAUCGAUAGUUUUCAAGCUAUGAAGAGGGGUCCCAACCAAACACAAGAGGGAGCAAAAUACAUGGGUGACAAUUCAUAUUAUCAGGAUUCAGUAACUUUGUCGAUUAAAGGGCUUGAAAUUGAGGUAAAACGGAUCUUGACAAUUUUUACAACCAUUGAUUUGUCCGGAAACAGAUUUAAAGGAAACAUUCCGAAAGAAAUUGGAGAGCUCAAUUCACUCAAGGUGCUGAAUCUUUCAAGCAAUGGAUUUAAUGGUUCAGUCCCACCAACAAUCGGGGACUUGUCUGCGCUAGAAUCCUUAGACCUUUCCCAGAAUCAACUCGGCGGCAGAAUCCCACCUCAGAUUGGGAAGCUGAAUUUUCUUUCGGUCUUGAACGUUUCUCAUAAUCAGCUUGUCGGACCAAUUCCCACAGGUGGGCAGUUUAAUACAUUUAUUAAUCCAACUUCUUUUACUGGGAAUCCAGGAUUAUGUGGCUACCCACUUGGUGAUUGUGGUAGAUCAGGGGAGGGAUCAGACUCACCUUCGAGUAAUGAUCAAACUGAUGAAUUCAGAGGGCUUACAUGGGAAUCAGUGGUAUUGGGAUUUGGCACUGGAUUAAUUUUUGGAUUGUUCAUUGGAUCUGUGAUGUUCUAUACUGGUCAGCCAAGAUGGUUUAAUUCAAUAAUCGAAGAUAUGAUAUUCGAAUUGAAAAGACGAAGAAGAAUCCUCAACAGGCGCAAUUUAAGGUUGGUUUGA